UGCGAGUCUGCGGUCGAUCGAGUAGCAUGAGGGAACAGUUAGUGCUGCCUGAAACUUCGCGUUAGAGAGGUUUACGCUGAGCUAUCGACUUCUGGAACGUCUCACCGAGGCCUCACUCUCGUGCCAGAACGAAAUCCAUCGAAAAUUUGUCCGAGAAGGGAUACAAAACUUCGCGGAGGACGGCAACUAAACUUUGGAAAAUGUCGGACGCCCAGAGAGUGAUCCCUUUGUUACAGAAAAACUGCAAUGAUACCGGGGAAAUUAAUAAAUUAGAAUCAAAGUUACUGUGGUAUCAUCAAGAAAGAGGUUCGAGAAAAGAAAAUUUAAGGGAGAAAAGAAAGAAAAGACUGAGUCCUAGUGUCCUAAAGAAAAGACUCCUACAUUUUCCACAAUGCCAUUCACCACGGACACAAUAGUGAGUCAGCAGAUAAACGAGCGUUUGUCUAGCAUAUAUAGUCUCCUGCGCGAGAUAGAAGCACACCGCAAUCGUUCAGAGUUCAACAUGAAUAAUAUCAUGAAAACCCACGAGAAGGUCACGCCAGACGACAAGGUGUCCCUUUACUAUCAGCAGAAAUUGAAGAACUUGUACAACGCCGCGAUACUCGAUGCCCAGCAGGAAGAGGAUGUUUUGCGCAGGACCCUCGGCAAGAUCAACGAGAUACGCGUCAUACGAAAUGAGUUUCGCAUUCAAUCGAAGAACGCCGGCAACAAGGAGACCAUCAGACGUGGCGCGCUGAUGAAGAUGCUGCAGAGCACCGCGCAAACCUUGCCUCUCUACGUGGGUAAGACACCCGGUGCCAAGCCUCCGCCUCUGUGCGGCGCAAUACCGGCCGAACCAUCGUACAUCGCAAAAAUGGGUGACAUGGUAGCUGCCUUGGUCAAGCCGGGUUCCGAUCAGGACGAGGAGAAUUGGAUACUCGCGGAGGUCGUGCAAUUCAAUCCCGCCACGAAUAAGUACGAGGUCGACGAUAUCGACGAGGAGCAAAAGGUCCGUCACACGUUGUCGCGAAGACGAGUGGUGCCGUUGCCGCUGAUGAGAGUCAAUCCCGAAACCGAUCCGCACGCCUUGUUCCCGAAAGGCUCCAUCGUAAUGGCCCUGUAUCCGCAAACGACCUGCUUUUACAAGGCGAUCGUGAACCAACUGCCGAACACCGCCACGGAGGAAUAUCAGAUCCUGUUCGAGGACGUAGAAUACAGCGAUGGCUACUCGCCGCCGUUGAAUGUCGCGCAGCGCUAUGUGAUCUCCAUUAAGGAAGGCAAGAAGAACAAGAGCUAAUGCCGACGGACAGUAUUAUUCUCGAGACAUAUUAUUCUCGAGCCGUUAUAAAUCAUUUUCCGCAUGACAAAAUGUCAGACUAAAAUUAAACAGCAAUAGAUCGUAAAAAAGCAUUGACACGACGACGAUUUACAUAUGUAAUACAUUCUUCUGAAAACCUCGCUCUCAAAUUUCUCGAAUGCCUCAAGUCCUUGACCUCUAAUUAUAAUAAAAUCUAAUUAUAAUAAAAUCUAAUUAUAAUAAAACGCUAAUUAUAAUAAAAUAUAAAUAAAGGAACAUAAUAAUAAA